AUGGUAUCUGGCAAUGUCAACACACCAGCCACAGUCAAGGAGUAUGAUAAAACUCCGGUGCUUAAUAAAUCUACAUCUAAACGAAAAUAUGAUACUUCUGAAGGGCUUUCUGCAAAAAUUAAGAAAGAAAUAAAAUCUGGCUUACCUCAAAAGGAGUUGUCAUUUACUCCUAUGAAAAUGGGCAUCACAGAAAGAAAAAGACUUCGACUCAGCAUGGUAGAUGUAAAAAACACAGCAAUUACACCAGAUUUCAGUUCGAAUAAAAAUUCUGAAAGCAGCAGUAGUGAAGAUAUACUUACAUCAUCAGAACAGCUUUUCAAUCCUCAUGAUACAAUAGAUCUUUCUUCAGACAUGAAGCAAACAGAUAAGGAUUAUGUACGGAUUUCUAAACAGGAGUAUGAGGAAAUCAAGAGCAGAGUUUCAGCCAUAGAAACCCGAUUAUCCAGGGAAUUCACAGAUGUCAUCCCAAAAGUACAACCACUACAACAAGUUCAAAAUGUCUACGAACAAACCCUAGAAGAUGUGGCCAUGUUAAAUUGUCCUGGUUCCGAGCAUCUCGCUCGACGACUAAGCAAAGAACUGAAAAUUAGACCCAAAGAAGAAGCCAAAAUAAUUCGUUCACCGAGUGCAAGAAAAAUAGGUUCCAUUAGACGUCGUUCCAAAGAAAAUUUAACUAAAAUUGUCCGUCACAAAUCUUGGAAUGUAUCAACACAUCAAGGUAUGGAUCGGUUUUAUCCCUACGUUGGGUUAAAUCAAAGAGAAUCCACCGCCAAACACAGUAUUGAAAGUAAAGAAUCUGAUUGGGAAGAAAAUGUAUCGGAAACUUCUUCACACAAUGUUUCCAGUUCUAGUCAAAAGUAUCAUAUGCGUAAACGUAUAAGUUUAACCACAGAUUAUGGAUCCGAGAGAAUAACAACCAAAUCUCGCUGUCUUUUACCACGAAGAUCACUCAAUGUCAUUUUUACUAGUCCAGAUAAUAGAAACACCAUUAGUCCAAAUGGCAAAAAUAACUAUAGAUCAAGCCAUAGUCAAAACAAAUAUGUCAGUAAAGAACCUAUCCAGCAUAAGUGGAAGAGCGCUGCGGCGUUUUUUAUGGAUAAAACUGGUGAAUUGGAAGGCAAUGGUACUUCAGGGAGGCCUUCAGUAAACAAACUGCGUAAGCAAAACGCUGGUGCUGUUUUAGCUAAAGCGAAACUUUUCGAAUCAAGUCAAUCGGAUAAAUCAUCUGAAAGAAGUGAGAAUACGCAAAAGUCCGUUUUCGCUCGGAAGCCUAGAAUUCAAAGUCAAGUCAAACCUCAAAAAACUAUGACUACGAACUCAGAUUUGGAGACUAAAAUGAUAUUUAAAAGCAACACCAAUAAAGAAUAUCUCCAAACGUACAGACAAUACAACCCCAACUUAGUUAAAUCUAAAGAGGAAUUAAAUUCGCGGCUUAUUAGGGCAACACCAGUUAAAAAAGUAGUAUCGCCACAGAAAACAUCCCAUACGCCCAUUUUAAAAAAAACAUUAUGUACCCCUAGGAGCUUGAGAACUCCUGCAAAUUAUAGUGAACAGAAAAAGUUUAAUACGCCUCUCAAAGGAGUACAUAUUUCACCAAAAAGACGAUCUCCCCGUCAAAGACUAAAUAGGCUAAUUUAA